AUGCAGGAAAAUAUUUUUUCGAGAUUUGGAUGUCCUAGAGUGAUUAUUAGUGAUGGAGGAACACAUUUUACAAAUAAAAAUUUUAGAGAACUGUUGAAAAAGAAUGGAGUACACCAUAGAGUAGCCACUCCAUAUCAUCCCCAAACAAAUGGGCAAGCUAAAGUAGCAAAUAGGGAAAUUCAGAGAAUUUUGAGAAAAAUAGUUAGACCAGAUAGGAAAGAUUGGCCCACGAAAUUACAAGAUGCAUUAUGGGCUUAUAGAACAGCUUAUAAAAAUCCCAUAGGUAUGUCCCCAUUUCGUCUCAUUUUUGGAAAGCCAUGUCAUCUUCCUGUGGAAAUAGAGCAUAAAGCAUUAUGGGCUAUAAAAAAUUUAUGUAUGGAUGAAAAAUCAGCUGGUGGGCAUAGAAUUUUUCAGUUACAUGAACUAGAGGAGUUGAGGAAUGAAGCUUAUGAAAAUCAUAGAAUAUAUAAAGAAAAAACUAAAACUUUUCAUGAUAAAUACAUUAGCAGAAAAAAUUUGAUGUUGGACAAAAAGUGUGGUUAUAUGAUUCUAGGUUGA